AACUUUGAUCUCGAUUUAACUUUAGUUUUUAUCCUCUUCUAAAUUCUAAGAAUUAGAUGGAGAGUAAAUUAGACUAAGAAAGUAAGAAUACUAAGAUUAAAGUUAAUUCACAAUGGUAGAAAUGAACCAAUAGAUUGAUUCGUCGCGCAUGCACGGGCGUCCGCAGGGGGGAGGCAAGACGGGCAUUUCACCCCCCUCCCUCACAUUGAAAUCAGACGAGUGUAAAAAAUUCAGAAUUUGCUCUCUCAUUUUUACAAAUGAUAAAUAUAUUUGUCAAAUGUGAGAGAGCUAAAAUACAACACAGGUACACAACGUUCGGACAUUUGCUCCUCGCGGUAGUUCGUACUAAAAAUUUGGAUCAUGCCCCCCCCCCCUCUAAUAAAAAACCCUUUGGACGCCCUUGCGCGCAUGCGCAGAAAAUGGAAGGAGGCAGGAAGGAGUUCAUAACCUGUUACCUGGGACUUUUAAUAUGGUGAAUAAAGGGAGCUGAAGUCACAUCUAUCACGUACAACAAUUCAUCUGGAAAUAUUUUAAGAAAAGUAUAUAAUUUAAUUAUACAUAUAUAUAUAUUACGAUGACAAAUCAGCGGCCGGUCUCUUGCGGAUUGGAUUUUUGCUGUGCAGUAAAUCUAAACGAUUGCUUAAUUUACGCAAAUGACUCGAAGUUUGACUUUAUCUGUGCCCCCUUAGUUCAUCCUUUAUUUAAAAGAGAAUUCGUUUCUGGUCCUGCCAAAAGUCGUCCGGGGCCGUUUACUAGGCCUGACUUAAUUUUAAGCAGUUCAGACUGGAAUAAUUUAAUAAUUGGAAAGUUUUCGCCACUUAUCAAUGUUGACUCGAUCAAUCCAAUUAUUAGAAAAAAUAGCGAAGAAACCUUAAAUCAGGAAUUGAGCUUAGCUAGUCAUUUUGGUUUGUCAGGAGUGACUUUGAAAUUAAAAGGUGGGGUAGAGAAAAAUACGAAUCUCGCAAGGAUUAUUUCUGACAAAAUAGCAAAUAACAAUUGUACUUUCCAGGUAUGGGUACAAGUUCCUAUGGAGAAUCCAAUUAGGCAAACCUAUUCUUAUAGAACAGAGGAUUGUCCGGUAGAAGAGAAUCCAUGGGAAUGGUGGAAUGCCUUUAGAGUAGUAUGUGAUUACAAUAAAAGAUUAGGGAUUGCGUUAGUUGUCAGUCAUGACUUACCGGAAGAAGAAGAGAUUGACAGAUGGCUUGGAGAACCAGUGAGAUGUUUGGUUUUACCGACAACGUUGUUUCUAACGAAUAAGAAGGGAUAUCCAGUACUAAGUAAAGCACAUCAAGCGUUAUUGAAAAAAUUUGCUGUGCUGGAAGUUCAAUUCAUUUUAACAGGCGCGUCGCGUUAUCAGAGUAUUAGUUAUUACCAUAACUAUCUUGAUUAUUUAUGGAAGGGAUGUCAGAGUGAUGGAACAGUGGAGAAAUUUGCUCGAGGAUACGAGGACUAUCUGCAGUGUCCGUUACAGCCUUUAAUGGACAAUCUUGAGUCACAAACUUAUGAAAUAUUUGAGAAGGAUCCCGUAAAGUAUCGAGAAUAUCAGAGUGCAAUAUACGAAGCUAUUAAAGCAAUGGUAUCCAAGAUGAAGGAGGAGGAAAGGACGAUUGUCAUUAUGGUGGUUGGUGCUGGAAGAGGACCAAUUGUAACCGCAUCUCUGAAUGCCGCGGAAAUGGCCUAUCGACAAGUGAAAGUAUACGCAGUGGAGAAGAAUCCUAAUGCUGUGAUAACUUUACAAGCCCUUCAGAGAGAUUUGUGGAAAGAAAAAGUUACAGUAGUAUCAUGCGAUAUGAGAGAAUGGAAUCCUCCGGAAAAAGCUGACAUCAUCGUGUCUGAAUUACUCGGGUCCUUUGGCGAUAAUGAAUUGUCGCCAGAAUGUUUAGAUAAUGUCCUUAAAUUCUUAAGAGACGAUGGAAUUAACAUACCGCAAUCAUAUACUUCGUACAUAGCUCCUAUUCAAUCCUCUAAAUUGUACAAUGAAGUGAGACAGCUCAGAGAUAAAGAUAAACAUCCAUUAGCUCAUUUUGAAACUCCAUACGUAGUACAUCUUCAAAAUAAAUACGAUAUAGCAAAUCCGAAGUCACUUUUUACAUUCAAACAUCCGAAUCCAGAUGCUGUUACUGACAAUUCGAGAUAUGAAACCACGACUUUUCAAGUGGAACAGAACUGCGUAUUGCACGGAUUUUCAGGAUACUUCACAGCGAUUUUAUAUGAAAAUAUCACACUAAGCAUAGAACCUAGCACGUAUAGCCCAGAUAUGUUCAGUUGGUUCCCAAUCUUUUUUCCACUUAAGGAACCAAUACAAUUGAAAGCGAAAGAUGAAGUAGUGGUCCACUUCUGGCGCAGAUGUGGUUCUAAGAAAGUGUGGUAUGAAUGGUGCCUCAGCAAACCCAUUCCAGUUCCAAUCCACAAUUCACUCGGACGUUCUUCCAUUAUCGGAUUAUAAUGUAACGAUUUUGUGAUUAUUCCUUGCUCAUUUAAGAACUUCCCGAUAAUGCAUACAAUGAUUAUACUUAAGUACCAAUUAUUAGAUAGUUUUUUUUAAACAAAAUGUUGGAAAAUCUUCCAAUUCCAGACAGUAUUAUGCGAAUGUUUCUAGUAUUUCUGCAUUAUUUCAAAUUUGUUAAAUUGCUUGGUACAACAAUAUAAAGUCAAAUGUAAUUAGAAUUUAAUUUGAAUAAUUACGUCGUAUUUAUUACGACGUAAAUGACGUAAAUUGACAUAAAUUGAUUUGAAUUUAUUACGUACAAUUAACAUAAAUUUUUUUAUUUGCAAUACAUGUGAAUGACGCAGCAAACGUUUGUGGAAAAAUAUUUCAAAAUAUUAAUCGGAUAUUUGUUUCACUUGCGCUUCGAAGAUAUUGUGCUCAGAUGUAUUUCCUUGUCACGUGGUAUUUAUUUAGCAUUCAGGUAAUAGUCAUUGAUGGUGUGAAACGAUAAGGAAUAGAGGAAAGCGUACUCAUAUGUAGUUGUGUGAAAAAUAUGUGAAUAUUUUCUUUAUUGCAAAUGAUUUUUUAUGUGCUAUAACUGUGAAUCUCUAGACUGCGAUCCGAUUCACGCUCACAACGCUCUUGGAAUCGUUUCAUCCUUGUUGCUUAUGAAAUGUUAAACAAGAACAAAUAAUGUGUCUCACGAGAUGCUGCGAACGUGAAUUGGACCACAGUCUUAGGAUACGCAGUCAAGCUGAGGCUACAAAUGCUUUGAAGCAUUUUCUGAUUGGUCAAUUUGUAAAAUUUUUUCUUCUGAUUGGUUAAUCAAAUGGUUAAAAGCGUUUGUUGCAUCAAAUUGACGGCAUCCUUAAUAUGACGCUGAUAUCUGAGGUUACUGAUAUUCAUUGAGGUCACUGAUACUGUAGAAUUUUGAUAACAUGUAUUACGAGAUAUUCCCGAAGCAUACUAUUGCUGUCCUCUUAAACUCACGUGAUUUGAGAAUCAUUGUCUAAAAUCUAUAUAUUGUAACAUUGAUAUUAAGCCAAAUAUUGUCCACAUAAUAAUUAUGAACGUGCAUAGUGUACAGUUUAUAAUGAAUUUCUACUUCUUGACAAAUAAUCUUCUUUUAUAUAAAUGCCUCUGAUUUAUUUAUCAAAAAAAAUUAUUAAAAUCCCGAAUUAUUAUGUGUGUAAACUUAAACUGUCAAACUCACUUCAUUGUAGUUGAAACACAAAAAAAAUAGCAAAAAAUACAUGUAAUAAUAUUGUUAAAGAUUUUUGGAAAUCAACUUAGAGGACCAAAAAAAGUAUUGCCAUUUAUAACUUGAAACAAAGAAAUUCUUAUAUUUUGCUCACUAGCAUUAAUUCUAGUGUAUAGAACCAGAGAACACUCUAAUUCCAAAAUAAAUGACGACUAUUCUAUCA